UUAGGCUAUGAACCGAAGAUAGAAUUAUCCGCUGCUGAUCUUCGUCAUGUUUUCCAUGACAAUAUCCACAGAGUGAGGCCGGGCAGAGUUUUGGAGUAGUCGAGACGCCAUUAACAGCAGCAACAAGCGAUUAUUACGAGGAUAAGGUCCAGCGAUGGUUGCUCUAAAGUACAUCUCCACUUCCUAAUCACGUGGUUAUGCGUCUGGCAUCGCUUGCGCCGAUCAUUGCUGUGAACUCGGAUUCGGAUUUUGCAUCAUCCUCUCUCUUUUUCUCCUAUAGAGGUGCUAAUUACCGAUUCGUCGGAGAUACGAGUAGAUUCUAACUGAUUCUAAGAAAGUUAUGGCUGAAGAAAAGGAAUCGACCUCGGUUCCUCUUAGUCAAGUUGAUAAUGGUGGUCAGGAUCCCGAGGAUCCUGUCAAAUCUCCUCCAAGUUCUCCCAACUCCUCCACUCGUAAGGCUUGCUAUUAUGUUCUCCAAAGUUGGGUGUCAAAGAAGUUUAUGACUGGAUGUGUGGUUCUCUUCCCUGUUGCUGUUACCUUUUUUGUUACAUGGUGGUUCAUUCAAUUUGUUGAUGGUUUCUUUAGUCCACUUUAUGAGCGGCUUGGAGUUGACAUAUUUGGACUUGGGUUCAUAACAUCUCUACUCUUUGUAUUCUUCGUUGGUAUAUUUGUCUCAUCAUGGUUGGGUGCUACACUCUUCUGGCUUGGAGAAUGGUUCAUCCAGCGAAUGCCUUUUGUCAGGCAUUUAUAUUCAGCCUCCAAACAAAUAAGUGCAGCAAUUUCUCCUGAUCAAAACACUACAGCUUUCAAAGAAGUUGCAAUUAUUCGUCACCCCCGUGUCGGUGAAUAUGCAUUUGGCUUUAUUACUUCUACCGUUACCCUUCAGAGAGAGAAUGAAGAUGAAGAGUUAUGUAGUGUUUUUGUCCCAACAAAUCAUCUAUACAUUGGGGAUAUAUUCCUCGUUAAUUCAAAGGACAUCAUAAGACCAAACUUAUCUAUACGGGAAGGAAUAGAGAUUAUCGUUUCCGGUGGCAUGACGAUGCCACAAGUUAUUACUCCAUUGGAGAGAGUUGAUAGACAGGCUGAGAGAAUAACUUUGAACAGACUGAAGUAAAGGGCAUGGAGAAAAUGAGAGAUCCCUGGUAAUUAUAGGAGGCAGUUUCUUAUCCUAUAAAUAGUAAGGAAGUUGUAGUAGUAGCCUUAUGUGACAGGGAAGAAAGGCUUGUUGGGGAGGUGAACCAUUUUGCCUAUCUUGAAUUUUUGUGUUCAAGUGUGAGUCAUAAAUGGUGGUUCUUGAUUUGUUAGUACGUUUAUUGAUGUGCUUGUAGAAUCAGGUGCUGAUUGGGUGUGUUUGUUGUAGUAUCCUCAUAGUAAUGAUAGAAAGCCUUUGAUGGAAGACACAAGAUCUCUUUGAUAUUGGUUACUGUUUCUCAAAUGAAAAAGGUUGAAACAAAACAAGAAACGAAACAGUUAUCAAA